CCGCUCCGCCACCGACAGCCAGCAGUCGCGGUGUAUUUGCCAAGCAGCAGCAGCAACAGCAGUGGCAAGCAGCGCUAGCAGAAACCAACGGAAACUACCACGAAAGAAAAACGCAUCUUCCAGCCCAAGUGUGUGUGUGUGUGUGCGUGUGUUUGUGCACGCGUCUGUGCGCGUAUCCGAGCCUCCAGUUCCCAGCUUCUCCACCCCUCCCGCCCUGUGCCGUGACAAUCGUUUCGUUUCGCUUGCGGCAUUCCUCCGCGCUGCGUGUCGUGAUAUACGUGUGUUCGUGCCGUCCCCCCGUCCCCCGUACCCCGUCCGUCAGAAUUUUUGCACCAUUCAACCAGUCUGCCCCCAACCGAUUCGCCCCCUGCCACCCCGCGGGCUACUGGAACGCGCAAUAGGGGCUGCGGGCGCACACACCUCAACCAACGGGGAGCGCGUGGGGGUUUCUAAUAGCGCCCCGUCGAUCAACUAGGUAGGCCUGCAGUAACAUCCACCACUGCAGCAGCAACAGAGCAACAACCACCAUCACGACGACGAGUAGGUCCCAGAUACUGGCCGCGAUGCCGUGGGUGGCACCGUUGGACAAUGCGGCUGCCGCACAGAUCGUCUGCCGGUUCUACCAGUACGGUACGUGCCGGUUUGGCAGCACCUGCCGCUUCAUACAUCCCGCCGCCGAGCCGGCCACAAUCGGCAGCAGCUGCAGCAGCAGCACUAGCAGUAGCAGCAGCAGCACCACCAGCGGCAGCAGCUACCACACCGGCAACAGUAUCAGCGACGGCAGCAGUCCGGCCGACAGUGCACCAAAGGCCAGCGCGGGCGCCGCUGCGCCCAACACCGAACAGAGCAGCCAUACAGGCGCCGUCGAUCUGUCCCGCUGGAUCGAUGCGCCCGUCUUUGUGCCGAAAGCGAAGCUUCCCCUCGAACAGCCGCCCCAACCGCCACAGCAGCAGCAGCAGCAGCAGCAGCUGCCGCCGCGAAAGAGCAAGCGAAAGAGCGACCGUCGCACGGUGAUGGUGGACGAGUCACAGCUGCAACUGCGUCGCACAAGGAUGGACAAGUCACAGCAGCAGCAGCAGCAAGCGGAGCAGGAGGUAGAGGACACAGAGGAGAAGCCGGACGAGGUCGGGCUGGACAACGAGGCCGACAAUGAGGCGGACAACGAGGAAGAGGAGGACGAGGAGGAGGAGCAGGAAGAAGAGGAAGAAGAAGAGGCGGAGGAGGAGGAGGAGAGCGAUGGUGGUGGUGCGGUCGGUGGGCUUGCCGCCGCCGCCGCCGGAUCGCCCCUGCUUUCCUACGCGAACGUCGUCACGAUGAACAACAACCACAACGGCACGGAGCCGGAGGUGGGGCCGGCCGGCGAGGUGCGGCUCUGCGCCCACUACGAAAAGCACGGCCUCUGCCCGCUCGCCGACUGCGUGCACGUGCACGGCGAGCUGUGCGAGCUCUGCCAGCGGUACUGUCUCGAUCCGCGCGACCGGGAGCAGCAGCGGCGCCACAACGCCGACUGCAUCCGGGAGCACGAGCUGGAGAUGGAGCACGCGUUCGCGGUCCAGCGGUCGCGCGACAAAUCGUGCGGCAUCUGUCUCGACGUGGUGAUGGAGAAGCGGGCCCGGGAGCAGCGGUUCGGCAUACUGCCCAACUGCAAGCACACCUUCUGCCUGAGCUGCAUCCGCACCUGGCGCAAGGCGACCAACUUUGCCAACAAAAUCAGAAGGGGCUGCCCGACCUGCCGCGUGCCGUCCGACUUCGUCUGCCCGAGCUUCGUCUGGGUGGAGGCGGGCGAGGAGAAGGAGCGGCUGAUCGAGAACUACAAGCAGGCGUGCAACAACACCGACUGCAUGCACUUCAAGAAGGGUGCCGCCAACUGCCCGUUCGGCAACAAGUGCUUCUACCGGCACGCGCUCCCGUCCGGCGAGCUGGUCGACCUGGGGGCGCCGUCCCGCCGCCGCAACCCGAACCGGGCCGCCCGGGGGCACAUCGAUCCGCUGCCGCUGCAGGAGGUGCUCGCGGCCCUGCUCGCCCGCCGCAGCCUCGCCCUGCACGACGAGCUGCUGACGUCGCUGUUUUCCGACCUGGACGACUCGGACUACGAUCUCGAGUCGAACGUGCGCGGGUACGGUUUCUGGUCGGACUCGUCCGAAUCCGCCGACGACUAUCUGUUCGACAUUGUUUGAGCCGCGUGCGGGGAUCGAGGGGGGUGGGGGACGUGAAAUUUCAGAGAGAGAAAGAGAGAGACAGAGAGAGAAAGAGAGAGAGAGAGAGAGAGAAAGAGAGAGAGAGAGAGAAAGAGAGAGAGAGAGAAAGAGAGAGAAAGAGAGAGACAGAGAUAGAGAGAGAGAGAGAGAGAGAGAGAGAGAGAGAGAGAGAGAGAGAGAGAGAGAGAGAGAGAGAGAGAGAGAGAGAGAGAGAGCCAAAGCAAAAUUGCACGGUACACACAUGUAAAACAUUCAAACACACACAAAAAACACACACACACAUACCCACACACAUACAAAUUCAGGUUGAGCCAGUGUUAGGUUCUACGCGAUUCUGCUUGUAGAAAGAUGCUGAACGUGUGUGUGUGUGUCUGCUGAUUGUUAAAUAUUGUAUCGUUAGUUCGGACCGUUAUUAUUAGUACUACACAUAUACAUAUAUAUAUAUUCCUCGCGGGAAAGCAUCUUCGGUACGGGGGGGGGAAGGGGGUGAAUUUAUCGCCAGCAAAGGGUAAACGAGAAAACCACUUCAAAAAAUCGCCAAAUACCAAAAUCGAAAGUGCUAAGCCACGGACAGAGGCCAUAAUAGGGUUGGCGAAGAAGGGGAGGAAGGAGAGGUAGGAGGGGAGGGGUGCACACACACACACACACACACACACACACUGCAGCAGCAUUCCGUCGCCACUUUCCGGUGGUUGCUCAAAAGCUUUCUCUUCCUUCCCAUCCUCUUUAUCUCUAUCUCUCUCUCUCUCUCUCUCUCUCUCUCUUACUCCUAGUGACAUUGUCCUUCCAAAACCAAAACACUCUCAGCUUAAUCUACCUCAUUCGCCCACUCCUACCUUUUCACCCCCGCCUCUCCCCACCAAUCCUGCGACUGUGAUGCCUUUGUGUUGGUGUGCGUGCGUGUGUGUGUGUGUGUGUGGUGAAUUUUAAAUGCAGGGUAACAGUGGUUGCAGGGGACACUAACAAACACAAACGCAAGCAGCAACAGCAAUUAGAGAAUAGUCAAGAGAAAAAAAAGGACCCAUCGACUCAUCAACCCCAACCGCCCACUCCCGCCCGUUCACAAAACACACCGGUCAUUUGCUUGUUCAAGCUGUGAGGCAGUGAAGCACCCCAUUCCCCCCUCCUCCUUCUUCGCCUAUUGCUUGAUAAUGUUGCUUUGUAAUUCUUUUUUUUUCGUUGUUUUUUUUUGCUAUAUCACGGCGCGCCGUUACGCAGACCGUCGUCGUGGUAAAGGUGCACACACGUGCCCACUACUGUAGAUAACUUUCUUUUUGAACUUCUGUCGGUGGGGGAGGACGGCUCACCAUUAUUUAAAUUCAAUGUUUGUGUUUUGGUUUUUGGUCUCUUCUCCGUUUCAACACUCCAAUUAGCAUGGUAGGGCAGAUGUAGGGUAGUGUGUAAGGUGCGCUGUGCAAAAGUGUUAAGCGUGCGCGUGUGUGUGUGUGUGUGUGUGCGUGUGCAAUCGUUCCUUUAGGUCGUUUUGUUUGACAGUCUGCUCCAGUACUGCUUUUCCCCGUAUGUAAAAGUGUAUUUCUCGGAGAGAGAGACACACAAACAGAGCAGACGGUGCGGGCACGGCACAACUCCCCCCUCAGCCCUCAUCUCGCUCCACUAAAAGAUACACACACACACGCGCACAUCGCCAUUAUCAUUCGAAAUCAUUAAAUUAUUGUUAAACUCUUACUUUUCGGGGUUUUUUGUGUUUUUGUUUUUCUCUUUCCUCAAAAUUGUUAGGUUAUGGCGUAUUAUUGGCCCCUUGCGAGCCGUGCACAACGCAGUGAAUGUAUCGUAGCCAGAAAGAAACAGACAGACAAACCGGACAUAGUCAAACGAUUUAAAACUUAGCUAGUAUGUGUGUCGGUGUGUGUGUGUGUGUGUGUGUGCGUGUGUGUACGGCAUUUCGUCUCUUUUUUAACUAACGCGACAACACACUUUCUGACACUCUCUUCUUUGGCACAACAACUGGCAGGAUAAUCACGUCGAGCGUAUCGGUCCAACACGGACCGGAAUGUUUUUAAGACGUGCGAGUUGCUUUUCUGAUGCGGGUGGAACAAAAAACUCCAAGCUCUCGUGUGUAUACUCUAACGCUUUAUAUAUAUAUAUAUAUAUAUAUAUAUAUAUAUAUAUAUAUAUAUAUAUAUAUAUAUAUAUAUAUAUAUAUAUAUAUAUAUAUAUAUAUAUAUAUAUAUAUAUAUAUAUAUAUGUUGGAUUACUUUUGUGAUAUAAGAAAAAGCAACAACCAAGCAACAAACACUUGUUUUUCUCCAUUAGCUUUUGUAAGCAAAACUGCCUCUAUAGGUGUGUGUGUGUGUGUCUUUGCAGAAUGAUGUAAUGUUGGAGCACAGCAGAGAGCGUCGCAAGUAUGUGUAGAAAAAACAUGUCCCUUAGAAAUGGUAAGAGCUCGAAGUUGAGAUUCGAAAGUGGUGGGCGGGGGGGGGGGGGGGGGCGUGUGGGGGAGGUGUAGUGCCCCUAGCUAGUAUGAAGGUUUCAACGCUAGAUCAUGCGACCCUGCUUCCCUUUAAUGCUGCUAAUCCUCCUUUCUACGACUGUCUCUCUGUCUCUCUGUGUCUCUUUACUCUCCCAGCGUUACGUCAAGGAUAGUUGUUAAAAUAAAGUGUGAUGUAGUGAAGCAAGAAGCAAGAAGCAAGAAGCAAGAAGAAGAAGAAGAAGAAGAAGAAGAAGAAGAAGAAGAAGAAGAAGAAGAAAAAAAAAGAAGAGAAAAAAAGAGAGAGAAAGUAAAGUAAAGUAAAAUAAUAUAAACACACACACACAAACACAAAAAACGUAAAUCAUAGAUGC